GUUUAAACGAGAUAAAAUGAUUUUUGGAGUUGGCAGCAUAACGCGUCUGUGCUGUUUUCCUGCAUGUAGGCGGUGGACUCACCUCUGCUUCUGAAAAGGGGCAGGUGCUAUGUAGAUAGCUUUUUAGAACUAGCUGGAUAAAAACAUGCAAAAGUCGUAGGCACUCAUCGGUUGAAGCCACUGAAACGUCAGAAAUGACAGGAUAUCCAACAGAGGGCGCAAGUUAACUAAAAAAAAUUAUGAUCGCAGGUUAUUAAAAAAACUAGGGCGUGUGAUUAGCUGCGUGGUCAUGGUGGUACGGAAAUUUGGGUAAUUUUGUCAGUUUGCGUUACCGUUUGAAAAAUCUUUUUCACGCUACCAGGUUAAUCAACAAGUGCAUCUGGAGUCGUACAUUGCGACAUCGAAGACAGGCUUCCAGUGGAAAUUUUCAAGUAGCAGAGGUCACUGCAAAAACCACCCUCAUAUGAAGGGAAUUCCAUAACACGCGGGUCAGGGAAAAAAUAUUUGCUUGGUGAAGUUCUUUCGGAGAUUCCGACACGCACGUUGGUGUGACGCGCGUGCUUGGGUAGGUGCCAGGGCCUGCCGAGAUGUCUGGCUGCUUAGACCGUGUUGAGUGCCACUUGCCAGAAUGGUGUGAGCUCGGGGAGAAGCGGAAUUUCAUUGCCUCCGUCGCCGCCGGCAUCCUGUUUUUUGCGGGUUGGUGGUUAGCCAUAGAUGCCGCAGCAUGUUAUCCCCAGGACGACAAACUGGUCAAAGCCUAUCACGUCUGUGGAGUGGUCUCGACGAUAGCCUUCUUCAUGAUUAAUGCAGUGUCCGCGGGCCAGGUUAGAGGCGACUCAUACAACACGGGAUGCAUUGGACAAAGAGGAGCCCGUCUCUGGCUCUUUGUUGGUUUCCUCUUGGCCUUUGGUGGACUAAUUGGUGCCAGCUGGAUUCUCUUUGGGCCGUACGUGGUCAACAAACAAUUUUCAGAAUCUUACCCAGGCAUAGCAAUCUUCUUCCAGAAUUUCCUGAUCUUUGUGUCGGGAAUCGUGUUCAAGUUUGGUCGAACGGAAGACUUGUGGGAGUAAGCCUGGGACAUGCAGAACACCUGUUUUUAUUGAUUACUGCUUAAGUUUGUUUGUGCUUGUGCAGGUCCAAGCUGUUUAAGUUACAGCCCAAAUACUAACAUUGUGACAGCUUUAGCUGUACACUUUGUUGUUGCGUAUGCAUUUAUUUAAGUACAAAUUUGUGUGUACAUUUUGGUUUUUUUUAUUUUAGUCCAGAGAAUUAAUUCUGUGUUGUAUAAAAGUCGUAAAUCAAUCAUGCAGUAUGCUAAUAGCUCUAGAUUGUGAGAGGCUCAAAUUGAAGUUUUUUUAGUUCAAUCGAGAUGUUUUUUAACAGAAGUUACAGUUUAGGUGAAACUGUAGUCAACUCAGUGACAAGGGAGAUUAGAUUGAGAGCUGUCGAAGCAAUACAAAAUGUGCAAACAUUGAGAAAAUCGGGGAGGGUUUUCCUCUUGGACAAUCACUAGUGGCAUAGCUUUUCAUAAUGUUCAUGAAUUGUUUGCCUCUAAGCUGGGAAAAAUUGAGCUGGUCACAUGACGCAAAGUGUCGUAAGGAGAAAGCUGAAAAUUGAGCUGGUCACAUGACGCAAAGUGUCGUAAGGAGAAAGCUGAAAAUUGAGCUGGUCACAUGACGCAAAGUGUCGUAAGGAGAAAGCUGAAAAUUGAGCUGGUCCCAUGACGUGAAGUGUCGUAAGGAGAAAGCUGAAAAUUGAGCUGGUCACAUGACGCAAAGUGUCGUAAGGAGAAAGCUGAAAAUUGAGCUGCUUUUGACCUCCAAAUAAUUGCGGAUUGUCCAGCUCCUGAAUGGAUAGAAAACGAAGGAAGGACUGGCCAGCUGCAGGAAAACAAUCUAUUCCAAUCGGAAAAACCCAUUUACUCCAGAUAGGAAUUCAGAGGGAAAUUGGACACAGAAAUAAAGUGCUCGGAUGUCAUUUAUAAUGGACGUCGAGGUAAUUUGAGCCGUCAUUUGCGGAUUGUCAAUUUUUUAUCUACUGGUGAGAAAUUGCACUUCUGGUGCACACCGUUCAGUGUUCAGGAAAUAGAACCGAUUAUGAGAUUGUCUUUUCAGAAACAAUUUUUUUUUGGUGGCAGGCUGAGCAGCACGCACUUUUAAAAUGCACAAUGCCUUAUUUCAGCCUCUCAGAGUAGAAACGAGUCAUUUUAGUGCUUGUAGUCAGAAUAUGGCCUUGAUAAAUUCACCGUAAGUCAAAAUCUCGGUGCCGUGGCAUCACCCUGAGGAUCGCCAACAGAAGUUGAGGGUCAAAUGAAGGCUUUGAAUAGGUACUUGAUUCAAUAACAAUGCUCACUUUAAUGCGAACCAGGCCAGAGAGAUUGCAGGGAGAGAGGAAUUGUUAUUGUGGUGUAGCAAGUAAUUAUGCAAUCUCAAAAGCUCUGUGCUCAAAGUAUGUGCACGCAGUCCAUAGACCUCUAUCACGGGGCAGCCUUCUUGCUUUCUUACCAUUAAAAGUAGGGUAACGAAGCCACGGCUGGAAGGGAAAACAGUCUGUUCCCAUUUAUCACCAGGCAGAGUUGUAUUACUAUUGCCAGUGGGUCUACAGGGAAUAAGACAAACAUGGCAGCAUUGUGGUAAAGGUCUGUGGCGGUGGAUUAUCUGUCAGGUGCAGGACUGGAACAGGGCGUAAUCCCAACCCAGUUACAUGUACAUUGUUUCUUUACUUGCAUGAUUCGUACAUAGAUCAUACAAGGAAUGCAUCAGCAAACGCAGCGUGGGAUGUUCAACUUUUUCCAUACUGCACACUUUUAUUAUCUGUACAUAGAGAACGACAUAUCAAAGUAUACAUAAAACAAUUGCAGCCCUUUUUACCUCAAAGGAAAUGAUGCUGUCCUUAGGACAUUUAUAGAAGUAUGACUAAGCACUGUGGUCUAUUUAAGCUCAAGCAGUGACCACACUCGACUGCAGAGGAGUCCCCUUACCAUGAGCCACACGACUACUUUUCAUUUGAAUUUUCCUCAUGAACGCCCGAGUUCUUUGGGCUAGUAAAUUAGAGGCUUUUAUGCAGGGAUAAUUUUGGGAUACAUAAAGUAGGAAAGUUGCCACAGAAAACAAACACAAAGUGAGCUAUGCUAGUAAAGAGCACAGUGCCAGUCCAAUAGAAUCUCUCUGUAUAUUUGCACUGGGCACAAUUGAAGGUCCUGACACAGGGAUAUUACGCAUGUUAACCAGCUUUUUAGAGUAAGUCUGAAAUUCCGAAACUGUCAUAUGGUACAGGCAAAUAUUCGCUGUUGAUUGACUCUGCUCAUCAAAACAGUAGAACUGCUUGCUUGAUUAGAUGAUCAAUUCUUUAGCUCUUUGUUUUCACAGCCUGUUAAAAAUGUGUUUUGGGUAAUUUCUCCUGGGCUUCCCUUGACAAAACUGGAUGGAAACUGUCGUGAGUUUAAGUAGAGAUCUGUCUCAUAGGACACCAUCUUCGUAAGGAAUUUCCUGCUGCGUAUUCAACACCAUCAGGAGUGCGUGCAGAUGUUGUGCAUGUACGCUAUGCUCACAUUUGUGUUGGUCCAAAUAUCUUUGAAACGCCGUGCAGCAGAUGCGCAUCAAGAAAAUUGGACGUCCAGAAUGCAGAUGCACAUGGCAACCUUUUCGGAAGUCACAUCAUUUGAGAGAGAUCAACUAACCAGUCUGAAAUGUUUUGGUACAUAAUGCUCACUACACACUGCUUAAUUAAAACGCCAAGUGCUUCAGAAAUAUUGUACAUGCAUGAGAAGGUCACUGACCUCACCAUGGCUGACAAAAACAGAAAACAAUCAUUUCUGUCAGCUUCUCUAUAAUUCUGCCCCAAAGUCCAAACCACACAAAUCUUUUGUUUUAUACAAACUCAAGAAAACCUGCUGUAAAUAUUUAUUUGUCACCAUUGCAUAAUUACAUGAUUUUUAUGUAAAUCUUUUAAAACUGCAUCCCUCUUUCACGGAGGGUAGGUUUCCAAAAGUUGAAGUCCGAAGACGUCGGGAACGUUUUCAGAUAUGAACUUGAUUUGCAUGCAAGUAUGUUACUGUGGUGUAGUAUUCUGUAGUAAUCGCCCAUGUACAUAAAAAUUGAUGAAAAUAAAAGGUUUUCAGAUCUGA